UAACCUAUAUUGAAACCUAUAUUUCAUAAAAAAAUUCCUAAGAUUCAAACAUAAACCAUGGAACCACUAGAGGACGAAGAAGUACCCUCGAAAAAGAGAAAAAUUCUUCUUCUUUUGCUCCAUAUACUUUUUCACAUUCUGUGGAUUUCAUAUUUCAUAGCCGCUACAGUGGUUUAUAUCACUUAUGACAGGAAAACCGACAAAUGUAUUGAUCCGAGCAGUUCAGACGAGCCGUCUUCGAGUAACACUACGAAUGCAACCGAUGCGAGUGACGUUGAUUCAGAAGAUGAUAAAUUUAAACCGUUCAUACUAUGCAAAAUGAAUUGGUGCCAUGGCUACGGGUUCCUCAUAUUUUGCUUUGUAGUUUUCUAUAUACUUUGGCUAUACUACUGGGUCUUCAAGCCUUUUAUAGGACAAAAAUUUUAUGACAAAAGGAUCGAUCCGGCAAUUGACAAUUGGAUAGAAUUCAGUCGCCGCAAGUGAGUGUAGCGCACAACGAAUGUUUUAUUUGCUCCUAGUUGUUCCUUCUUUCCUAACCUGACAAACCACCGGAUAGGAUAAUCUCUAUUAUAAUGCUGAUUUUUGUUAUUGUCCGUGCUCUGGCCUAUUUGCUAUUCGAAUGCCGCGAUGACUCGAAAAAAAUUGUGGGACUUGCGGGACCGGUAGUUUUAAUACUCAUAGGAUUCGCUGUAUCAAAGCACCACAAGACCAUUCCAUGGAGGAUAGUUACGCAUGGUCUCCUGGGACAGCUGUUGUUGUGCAUUGUUUGCAUCCGAUUGGCCUUUGGUCGAGACUUGUUUGACUGCGCUGGCGAGAAAGUCACUAUUUUCCUUAGAUUUGCAGAUCACGGAGCCAGCUUCGUCUAUGGCGAUCGCAUUUGCGACGAGUUUGUGUUCGCCUUUGCCAUACUGGCGGUGAUAUUCUUCUUCAGCGUGGUCACCUCCUGCCUGUACUAUCUCGGCGUGAUGCAGUUCUUUCUGGGUGCGUUUGGGUUCAUGCUGCAGUCCAUGGUUGGUACUACAGUCUGCGAGAGCGUCAAUGCGGCCGGCAAUGUUUUCCUGGGCAUGUCAGAGAGUCCCCUACUCAUUCGGCCGUACAUCGAAAUACUCACAAAGAGUGAGCUGCACACAAUCUGCACCUCAGGCUAUGCCACAGUCGCAGGAACAGUACUGGGUGCGUAUAUUUCGUUUGGCGCGGCGCCGGCCCAUCUCAUCACGGCCAGUGUGAUGGCGGCUCCGGACUCGCUGGCGUUCUCCAAGCUCUUCUACCCGGAGACGGAGGAGUCCCAAACAAGAUCUGAAAAUAUCCAGCUGGAGAAAUCGUCGGAGACUUCCAUCUUGGAUGCAGCAAUCAGCGGUGCUGCAGCCGCUAUGAUGAUUGUCCUGUCUCGAACAUUAUUGCCUUUCUUGCCAUUCUUUUUUUUUUCCAUAUUGUGGACGUUGACAUGCAAUGACUGCAUCUUUCAAGAGGCGAUGCAAUAA